AUGAUGGAGAGGCUCUCGAACAGAGUCUCAGCCGACGUGACAAGUCCUGAUCUCAAUGGACCUGCCUUGGACAUGAGCAGGAGCUCCUUCACCUGGCCCAGUGCGGCUUCGCAGGUGCCACCGCUCCCCAACGAGAGGCACACCGCUGCGCGGGAGUUGCCUGAAACACCACAGGAUAGUCGCCAGGUGGCCAGAUAUUCCAUUGGCAGCCCUGAUGAGCGGGGGGCCACCUCGAGUCCAUGGUGGAAGCAGGUGGCCGAGAUGUCAGCACAUGAGCCAAAGGUGCCAGAUCCAGCUCCAGAGGCCUGUCUCAAGUUCGAAGCACCCGAAGCACCUGCUCCCGUAGCACCAGCUUCACCUGCAGAACCAGUUUCGGCAUCGGCUGUAUCGGUUGAGGCGCUCAAGCCUUUGCUUGCGGAGCUGAGAAAUGACUUCCGGAAAGAAGUGCAAGAGGCCCAGUUGGCCCUGAUGGAGCAGAACUUCCAGCUACAUGCGCAGCUGCGGAAGGACCAAGGGUUGCAGCUGUCUCCACCGUCUCCCACCGGGGCGGUCGAAGGGGCGAUCACCAGGAUGUGGAUGCGUUACGAGCGGAAGUACAACAGUUGCGAGGCGAACUGA